AUGCAGAAGACAGGCAUCUUUAUCUUCAAUGACGAUACAACAACUACUCUCUCGGCUAAAGUCACCUUCAAGCUCCCCUGCGAAAACCCCGAAUCCAUCAUCAGCCCCGAUACCACAGGCAACUCGUCAGUUAUUGGCUUCUCCAACCCGUUCUAUGCCUCGAUAUCACCCCAGAUAUUCGCCCUUGCCACCGCGACCGUAAUCAGCUAUAUUCUCGUCAUCCUCAUUUUCAUCACCCCGAGGACGUUCUAUGUUGGAAGUCCGGGAGCAGGCGGCGCCCGCUUUCUGGGUCGGCGUGGCAUGAUAACAGGGUCAUACGGAUCGUCCUCUAUCGUCGGCGUCGGACGGAGACCACUACUACAAAAGAUUGCAGCCGUCACAGUGGCAAUUUCUCUGACAAUUGCCACAGCAGACACAUUCCACGUUGCAGAGGAGCAAUACAACGAGGGAUAUAUCGACUCCAGCCUGUUGGUUGACAAUGUGGUGGAUAGUUUGGAAAUUCGCAUCAUCCGAGUCAUCUCAGACACGUUCCUGUGGCUGGCACAGGUGCAGACGCUGAUACGCCUGUUUCCGCGGCAUAAAGAAAAAGUCACCAUCAAAUGGCUCGGGUUUGCCAUGGUAUCCUUCGACACAAUUUUCAGUAUUUUGGAUUCUUUUGUCAGUGGCAACCCAAGGACCAGGCCGAGGAGCUUUUCAGACGCUAUUCCCGCCCUGAAUUAUUUGUUCGAACUGGCGAUUUCGCUGAUCUACGCUUCUUGUGUAGUGUAUUACUGUCUAUCGAAAAGGCGAUUCGCAUUCUGGCACCCGAAGAUGAAAAAUAUCUGCUUGGUGGCACUUCUGUCGCUGGUCUCGGUUGUGAUCCCGGUCGUCUUUUUCAUUCUGGACAUAUCGCAACCGGAUUUGGCAGGAUGGGGUGAAUAUAUUCGGUGGGUGGGUGCUGCAGCCGCAAGUGUCGUUGUUUGGGAAUGGGUCGAGCGAAUCGAGUCGUUGGAGCGAGAUGAAAGGAAGGAUGGGAUACUUGGACGGGAGAUCUUUGACGGCGACGAGAUGCUUAAUAUGACACCUUCGGAGGACGCAAGCUGGCGCGGGGAUGAUUCGAGGCCUUAUCAAGAUGGCAGUGGGCGUAAGGGGAUGGCGGAAGGCAUGGUCUCCCGGUAUCAGCGCCUUCGUGCCCGGCUGCCGCUGCGAAGGAGGCGGAAGAGACUUCCUGCAGACGGCAUCGCCACUGGUACGGAUGCAACUGAUGCAAUUGGUCAAGCCGUUGGGGUAUCACAAUACGUUAUUCCUCCACAGGUUAUAACGCCCCCCAGCAGGAGUGACACAGGAAGCGCUGCGAGCACGGUCUAUGCCGUACGAUACCACAACUUGACGAGUCCAUCGCCAAACCCACAAGCUGAUUUGCGGACCCACCCUGAACAGUCUACCACUCUUGAUGCUUCCAAAGUGUCCGGCGACUCUGGGUCUUCUCCCUCUGAUGCGGACAAGGAACUCGCUUUGGAAACAGUACUUCCCAGAGCACCAGAGCCUCAGGGACGCAGCAUUUGGCAGGCAAUGCCGAACCCCUUUAAGCGACGGCGAUCUGAUCCUCCAGCGGAAGUCGCCGACGCUCAGAAUGCGACAGGCGUGCGGCGGUCACCAAUCGACCGCACCCUCAAUUUAAGAGAUCGAGUUGGAGCAUUUGCUACUGCGCAAAGAGAGCGACUUGCUAGUCGAGGAAAUGUACUCGCAUCGGCUUUGCCAGUCACAGUCAUUCCAGCGCCAAAGAGUAAUGGUAGGACAUGGUCCCCAGACGAUAUUCGUGAGCGGUCAACAGACGACAAUUCUACCCGCAGAGAAACCGCAGAUACCUCGAGACAGCGGCCAGGCAAUCCUGCAGGAAACUCGAGCGCGCAUGACUCGGCCCAAGUGGUGGACGUCUCCGGACCCUUAGAGGGUCGAACCUGGAUUCCAGCUGAGGCACAUAUCCGCUCUCGCAUCACUCCAGGGCCUCAACGCUCUGAUGGCGCCGCAUUUCCUCCCAACCCUUCGGAGAGUCUCGUUGAGGUUCAGCGAGUUCCUCCGCAAAUUUACUUUCCUCGAGGCUCACUCACUAUCUCCGAGUCAGAGGCCAGAGCUAGCCGGAUGGCUGAUCCUUUCAGUGCAGCUUUGCCAAGGUCUGCAGCAUACGUCCGACCCUCAACCAUCACGCCAAUCGCAGAGGACACAGCCGACGAGGUGGACAGUGACCUCUCAGGACCCAGAUCACACCAGCCGGAGCCCUCGAAGCCCCAAGCGCAAGAACAGAUGGCUGAAACCACCGACGAGCCUCGACAUGUCGACAUGGAAUCAUCUACUCAUGAUGCCACUGCUGAGAACUCCUCGUUGGUGAUAGUCACAGCGAAUCAGGUCCACGAUGAGGAGGAGCGUGCUUCGCAAACAGAGACGACUCAGGAUGCUGAUGGAAGAGACACUGGUGGCACGACGACGCAACCCAUUUAG